AUGGGUGUGGCUCUCUACCCGAGAUCUCCGCCUUCGACUACCCUGCAAGAAGUUGAGUCCAAGCCCACUGCUGCCCCCGGAGAGGAGGGAGAGGGGAGGUCACAUGAGCAGAGUCCUCAGCCUGUCCAGAUUGAGAGUGAGGAAACUUACCAGGUGCAAGAACUUCUUAACUCCAGACGUCGUGGACGCAUCCUGCAGUAUCUGGUCGACUGGGAGGGGUACAGUCCGGAGGAACAAUCCUGGGUCAAUGCUGACGACAUACUAGACCCCAACCUCAUCACUGAGUUUCAUCGUUUACAUCCGGAGAGACGGGCCCCUCGACCACGCGUGACUAAACUUUCUUUUCUUUUUUUUUUUUUUUGCAGAGCAAUAAAAAUCGAGGUUUAUGACUGGGACAGAGAUGGAGGUCAUGACUACAUUGGUGAGUUCAGCACCAGCUACAGGGAGCUCUCUAAAGGCCAAUCUCAGUUUACUGUGUGGGAGGUGCUGAACACCAAGAAAAAGAAAAAGAAGAAGAAAUAUCUAAACUCAGGAACCGUCACUCUGCUGUCCUGCUUCAUUGAUAUCGAGGUUACGUUCCUGGACUACAUCAAAGGAGGGACUCAAAUUAAUUUCACAGUGGCCAUUGAUUUUACUGCAUCAAACGGCAACCCUUCCCAGCCUACCUCUCUACACUACAUGAGCCCGUAUCAUCUGAAUGCGUAUGCACUGGCCCUCAGAGCCGUGGGGGAGAUUAUUCAGGACUAUGACAGUGAUAAGCUGUUCCCUGCACUGGGGUUUGGUGCAAAACUGCCACCCGAUGGCCGCGUGUCUCACGAAUUCCCACUGAAUGGGAACCCAGAAAACCCAUAUUGCAGUGGGAUAGAGGGUGUUCUAGAGGCGUAUUAUCAGAGCCUGAAGUCUGUUCAUCUUUAUGGACCAACAUACUUCUCACCUGUCAUUAAUCAUGUAGCAAGAUAUGCGUCAUUAGUAAAGGAUGGCUCUGAAUACUUCAUCCUCCUCAUCAUCUCUGAUGGGGUCAUCUCAGACAUGGCUCAGACGAAAGAAUCCAUUGUAAAUGCCUCCAGUCUUCCCAUGUCAAUCAUCAUUGUUGGAGUCGGGCCAGCUGAGUUUGAUGAGAUGAUUGAACUAGAUGGAGAUGAGGUCAGGAUAUCAUCCAGGGGUCGCUUCGCUGAGAGAGACAUUGUGCAGUUCGUUCCUUUCCGAGACUACAUCGAUCGCAGAGGGAAUCACAUCCUCAGCAUGGCCCGUCUGGCCAAAGACGUUCUUGCAGAAAUCCCGGAUCAGUUCCUCCAGUACAUGAGGAGCAGAGGCAUCAAACCCCAGCACUCGUCCCACUCCAGCUCCUCCAAACCCCCGUCCACACUCGUCCACCCACUGCAGACGCAGAUCUGAGCCAUCGCACGAACUGUACGUCCUCUCUAUAGUUCACUGUCACUCUCAGGAUCACACACGGCCUGUCUGAGUGAAACGCUGCCCUUCUGCACGCUGUCUUUCAGUACGUAGGGUGAAGUUAGGGAGCUUUACGCGUGCCGCUGUCCUUCCUCGGGCGUGCUGAGGUAUUAGGUGGUGUUUCAGACUGUUUUACAGUAUCGCGUGGCCUCUUCAGUCAAACAUCAGAUAUGACUUCACAGUUUCUAUAUCACAUACUAUCUCCUGUUCUCAUGUCUGACGAAAUACUGCAGACGUUUACAAUUGUACCGUUUUUUUACAAACGGACGUUUUUUGUACCUCAUGAAAACUCUGAGCUGCUUAACAAUGAAAUUUACUCAUUUUAUUACAUGACGUUGUAAAUAGAGAAAGUGUUCUUUUAGAAAAAAGCACGAAUCCACUCUCAUUACAAACGUGAGAGAAACUUUCACGCAGAUAUGCGAGGCCUUGGUUUUCAUUUUGUCGUACAGUGUUCGCUUUGAAUUAUUUUGCUAUAUCAGUAUUCCGUGUUCUUGGUCAUUUGACUGUCUGAAAAAUAAUUUGUGCUUAGCUUUCGCAGCACUAGCACAAAACUGAAAUUUAACAGGAAAAGCCUUACUCUCCGUUAAAGGAACAGUUCACCCAAAAUUUUUUAUUUGGCUUCAUUUACUGAACCUCAAGAAAUUCCAGACAUGUAUGAGUCUGUCACACCCCGGACUGUUUUUGAUAUCUUUUCAUCCCUCAUGUACUCUGUGUGACCUAGUUUCUGUCUCCCGUUGAUUGUCAAUCAAUCAAUCACCUUUAUUUAUA